AUUUGUUUUAGAAAGUUCCAUCAGAUUCUACGGAAGAUCGCCAUUUUUGAAGACGACGAAGAGGUUGCAUUUUCCACUUUCUUUGUUCGUAUUUUUCCACACAGCCGCCAAAACCUUCAGCUUUCCAGCUUGUAACUGUUAAAUAAAGAUGCGCCACUCAAAGCGAAUGCGCUCUCCGGGCAUCUGGCUCGAUGAAUACAGUUGGGAAGAGAGGAUGGAAUGUCGUAAGCGAAAGAGGCGAGAAUCGCACAGCAGCGAAAGAGAAAACAAAUCACGAAGAACCCAUCGUCACCUCAAGACCUUUGAGGGGCACUACCUGGAGACCCGCAAUCUGAACCAGAGGCUGGACUCUCGAGAAAGGGACCACAGUUGGGACAUGGCCUGUGAUGAGGACAGCCAUGAAAGCAACUGCAAGGAGCGAGAUCGCGACUGGCACCACUACAGCAAGUCCUCUGCCCGUAGUGGUCGCAGCAGGCGAAGCAGCCAUAGCCGCAGGCACCGAGAUAGAAGGCGCAGACGGAGCCACUCUCGUCACAGGUCCACUUCGAGGAGGAGCCAUCACCGCAGGAGCAGGAAAAGAUCCAGGAGUUUUGAGGAUGAUGACGAGGGUCACCUCAUCUAUCACAGUGGAGACAUGCUAAGAGCGAGAUAUGAGAUUGUGUGUACUCUAGGAGAGGGAGCCUUUGGGAGGGUUGCCGAAUGCAUUGAUCAUUCAAAUGAUGGGGCUCGAGUGGCUCUGAAGAUCAUUAAAAAUAUAGACCGCUACCGAGAGGCAGCUCUGUCUGAGGUAGAGGUCCUUAAACAGCUGCAUACCCUCGACUCUGAUAGACGAUAUGCUUGUGUUCACAUGCUGGACUGGUUUGACUUUAACGGUCACAUUUGUAUUGCUUUUGAGCUGCUUGGGCUCAGCACAUAUGAUUUCCUCAAGGAAAACAACUUCCAGCCUUUCCCCAUUGAACACAUCAGACACAUGGCUUACCAGAUUAUUCAAGCUGUGCGAUUUCUGCAUAAGAACAAGCUGACGCACACAGACUUGAAGCCUGAGAAUAUUCUCUUCAUAGAUUCAGACUAUGAUAUGGAGUACAAUCGUGAAAUGAAAAGAGAUGAACGGACGUUGAGGAAUCCAGAUGUGAAAAUUGUUGACUUUGGUAACGCCACAUAUGACCAUGAGCAUCAUACCUCUGUGGUGUCAACACGUCACUACCGCGCUCCUGAAGUAAUUUUAGAUCUGGGUUGGGAUCAUUCCUGCGACGUCUGGAGUGUAGGCUGCAUACUCAUUGAGUAUUAUCUGGGAAGCACUCUUUUCCAGACUCACGACAGCAAAGAGCAUCUUGCUAUGAUGGAGAGAGUCCUGGGCCCCAUCCCUACAAACCUCCUGGAAAAAACAAAGAAACGGCGAUAUGUUCACCGGUGCAAGUUGGACUGGGAUGUGCACAGCUCUGCUGGGAGAUAUGUUAGGAAACACUGCAAACCGCUCAAGCAAUACAUGAUGUCAAAGCGUGAAGACCACCAGCAGCUUUUUGACCUGAUAGAGAAGAUGAUGGAGUAUGACCCAGCUAAGCGCCUCAGUCUGGAGCAAGCCCUUCGACAUCCUUUCUUUGCAUGCUACUACAAGAGCAGGAGCAGCAGCAGCAGCAGAAGAAGCACUCGCAGUAGCAGUAAUAAUAGCAGCAGCAGCAAAAAAGACUGCUCCUGAACUUGUAAAAACCUCUGACGUAUACCCUCUGUUAGGGCCUGGCUGUCUCCAGGGCAGUCGCUACUUCCUGACUCUCCAGGAGAGGUGUAGAUAAGCUGACUGUAUCAGUCCACUGCCCCGCUUUGCUCUGUCCUGUCCCUAAAAAUGUGUUUAGUCUCACUUGUGAACCAGUUAUGUUGACAUUUUUGAUGUAAUGAAUCCACCCCAAAUGAUGUCUAUUUAUUUGCUGUUGUAAUUUAAAUUGUAUUUUCUGGACAUAUACUGGAAGAUCUUUUUUUUCUUUUUGUUCUCCCUCUGACUGGGAUCUCUUAAUCUUUCAGUCUUGCCAGAAAUGUAUUCAGCAUUGGUGUUAAAGAAAAUAAUUAGGGCAGAAAAUCUAUGUACAUAAUUUUCAGCUUGGUUUUUUUCCCACUGAAUGGUUAUGUAAAUUUUUUGUGAUAUACAUUUUCAAUAAACGGGUGACAAACUGU